AUUCACAUCGUGAACGUGACUUUUCUAUAGCUAGUGGUCAACUCGACACGUGGCAUCAUCUCAACGGUCUCCUUGAUUCUCUCGUCAUAGAAACGAUGCACUGAAUCAAUCUCCAUAACUUCAGGGCAUUGCCCUUCUAUAUAAACAUCACAUGUCCCUGUGUCUUAAAAUACCUCUUAUCAAACACCAAACCACACCAGAACAGAACUCAGCCAUGGCUUCUUCUUCUUCUUCUCUUCUAAUCCUAGCCGUUGCUUGUUUCGUCUCGCUAAUCUCACCGGCGAUUUCACAACAGGCUUGCAAAUCACAGAACUUGAACUCCGCCGGUCCGUUCGAUAGUUGCGAAGACCUUCCGGUACUCAAUUCCUACCUCCAUUACACCUACAAUUCCUCAAAUUCAUCUCUCUCCGUCGCUUUCGUCGCCACUCCAUCUCAAGCCAACGGUGGCUGGGUCGCUUGGGCUAUUAACCCUACGGGGACUAAGAUGGCUGGUUCUCAAGCCUUCCUCGCUUACAGAUCCGGCGGUGGUGCGGCUCCGGUCGUGAAGACGUACAACAUUAGCAGCUACAGCAGUCUCGUCGAAGGUAAACUUGCUUUUGAUUUUUGGAAUCUACGCGCCGAGUCGUUAAGCGGCGGUAGGAUCGCCAUUUUCACGACGGUUAAGGUUCCGGCGGGAGCUGAUAGUGUGAAUCAGGUAUGGCAGAUCGGCGGCAAUGUUACCAACGGUCGUCCCGGUGUACAUCCUUUCGGUCCUGAUAAUUUGGGCUCCCACCGUGUGUUGAGUUUCACAGAAGAUGCAGCACCGGGCUCUGCUCCUUCGCCGGGAUCUGCUCCGGCGCCGGGCACCAGUGGCUCGACUACCCCAGGAACAGCGGCGGGAGGUCCAGGGAACGCGGGGUCAUUGACGAGGAACGUAAAUUUUGGGGUCAAUUUGGGAAUUUUGGUUUUGUUGGGUUCUAUUUUUAUUUUCUGAAUGGGGAUCUCUCUCUAGUCUCUCUUCUCUUCUUGAGUCUCUCUCUAUUUUUUUUUUUUUUUGGUUUGUUCGAACAAUAAUGGUGCCCCAUACUUUUGUACUGUUUUAGUCUUAGGGCCAUUUACUUUGUUUCACCACAUUACUUAGAGUUAUUGGAUUGUAUGGACCAUUACUAUCAUGAGAUUGAGAUCAUCUUAUCUUCUUAAAAUAUCUAUUUGCCAUC